AUGUUGGUGAGUGAGACAAUCACCGAGAUCAUGUUGACGACUGACCGAGCUAGGCCAUGCAAAGCAAGGAAAGUGAAAUGCGGAGAAGAGAAACCAGCUUGCCUGAACUGCCAAAGACAGGGUGAGCUUUGUGACUAUAGCGUGCGGUUGAACUGGGGAGGAAGGACGAAGCGUCCAUCCGUGGACUCUCCAAGCUCGCAGUCUAGUGGCUAUGGAGGUGCAAGCGGCAUCAUCAACUUCUCCAGCUCAUUCCCGGUGAAUACAGCGAGUCCGACCUCAUUUCCAACACCGACGAGCAAUUCAGCGGAUGGCUGUGCACACACUCGAGCUGGGGAUACGGCAUCCCCAGGAGCGAUAUCGCCAAGUACACCGGCUCCAACAGGGCUCUUCGAUUCUUCGAGACCUGGCUCUGAGGGAAUCACUUCACCGAGCCAGGUUGACGGUGGAUUGUCGACCAGCUGGGAGCAAUCUCCUCAAUUGAUUCCUAUCUCUGAGUCUGUACCGCAGUUUCAACUUGGACAGUCGACUUUUGAUACGUCAUUCCCGACUUCCAUCGAAGCAGGACUUGGUCUCAGAUCACUCUCGGCAUUUGCGUUUCACUCAAACCCAGUGUCUCAACCUGUGUCCUUCAUGCGCCACUCGGUCGAUGGCACUCAUGGCCACUCAGAGUCUAGCAUGUUUGACCAGGCCAAGGAAAACAUCAUGCACCCUUCGCAUGAAGGAAACAACUCGCAUCUCACUUUGGGGUCCGUGCCGAGCAGGACUGGAACUUUCCGCAGCCCUGGUGAUGCCGAUGCACUGCAUUCUCUGCUUUUCGGCGCACACGGCAAGUCAGCGGGGCAAAGCAAUGUAGCAGAUUCUCCAGGGCUAGGUACAGCGCCAACAGCGCUAGAGUCCGCUCACGACUACUCCGGAUUGGUCGACCAUCAAAUUCUACCUGACAGUACGCAGGCGACCGAUGAGACGUCUCAAGAAUUUUCCCUUGCUGAGAACAAAUGGCACACUUAUCUGAAUAGUGUCACCGACAACUAUGGCCUGGACUCGGGACGUUCAGAUCAUGAUCUCUCCUUCAACAACGACCAUGCAGCCAUUGACAUCAAUUAUGCUUUGGACUUGAUUAGCUCUCGGCGCAGUCAGGAUGCACCGCAGUCGACAACCACGCAACCGGUUCCAGGGGCUGAGGGCCAGGUCCAAUUCUGCAGUGGCUACUAUGCCUCCCCUGUGCCCAUCAAUAUCCCAAGAUACCUAUCUCCCCUGCCACCUUCGCUUCUGGAAAACCCCAUCAACUUGAUGUAUUUCCACCAUUUCCUAAAUCACACUGCGCGAAUGCUUGUUCCUCACAACUGUGACAACAACCCAUUCAUCUCGGUUUUGCCGUCAAUGGCCAUUGGCGAUUCGAAUCUUUUGAACUUGCUGCUUGCGUAUUCUGCUAGCCACCGCGCACGAUAUCUCGGCCAUCCCGAACCAGCCAAUCGAAUUGCUCACUGGGUUAGCCAGGUGUUUCCGACCCUGCGUAUUGCGUUGGAAUCUUCUCAUGAAGACAUCACAGAUAGCCAUCUUGCCACGGCUAUCAUGCUUCUCUCAUUGAAGAUUGUGUCCCCGGGUACUUUUGAGGCCCCUAUCACCUGGAAGAGUCAUCUCAAGCUUGCUCGUGACCUUUUCCUCGCACGGAGCGACUCUAUGGCGCAGCCAGGAAACCGAAUCGGCGCCUUCUUUUCCCGCUGGUUAGGCUACCUUGACACUAUGGGAUCCUUGUCGUGUCGCCAAGCUGGUCCUCCUCUAACAAUCUACAGCUCUAUCCUGGCUGCCUGCUCGUCUUCUGAUGGCUACGAUGAGUAUGCCGUUGAUUGCUUCACGGGAUUUUCCCCUCGGACUGGUGUAUUUUUGAUCCGCCUUGCGAGCUUGGUUCAGCAGUGCGAUAACCAGCGGUUCGAUGAGAUGGGCCAUUUCCAACAUGACUGGCAUGCCUCUGCAGACAUGGUUUUGGAAGCUCAGUCGGUGCUCGGUGAAAUCGAUGGGAUCAGCGAACGUGCUCACGCCAACCCGGAGCACCACCAUGGCAUCGAGUCCUCAGAUAUGAUGGCCAUUGAAGAAGCAUUCCGUUUCGCUGGCUUACUGCAUCUUCACCGGCGCGUGUUGGGUUCGUCGCCGGAUUCGUUCCCCGUGAAGGAGGUAUUGCGCAAGUUGGUCGAUGCCCUUGGCCGGAUGCGCCCUGGUGCUGCCACCGAGGUCUGCUCGCUGUUUCCUCUUUUUACGGCUGGUUGCGAGUCGAAAGAUCCAACGCAGCGAUCCAAGCUUUUAGAUCGGUUCCUGGUGUUGGAGCGUUCAGGCAUGAAGCAGAUCCAAAAUGCCCGCCAGCUCGUACAGUGCUGUUGGGAAAGAAAACUACCCUGGGUGGCCCUGGCUGGGGGGCAGUUUCUGGGAUAG